AUGAAGUUCCUUUUUCCUCUCUUUGCCAGCCUUGUGCUUCAGUAUCAAGUGAAAUCAGAAUUGGCCGUGAAAAGAUGUUUAAUGGGCUUCGGGAAAUGCAAAGACAGCUGCCUCCCUGAGGAAAGCCAGAUGCGGAACUGCAAAGCCAAAAAAUGCUGUAUGGGCCCCAAAGUGACAGAACUGAUUAAAAGCUACCUUCGACAAGAAAUACCCCACAUACCCGAUGACAACAUAGUGGAGAUGAUGAGGAUGGAAAAAAAAUCUACAGAGGAGAUGAAAAGAAAGCAGGCUUUGGUGGCACCCCCCCAAAGCCGAGCUGCCAAGAACCUUUUGCCCGAUACCAACUCUGCUGUCAACCCAGACGACUUACCCGUGAAGUCUGUCACCACCAGGACCAGGAGACGCCACAUGGGCGAUACUGCUUCCAAUGAGAGGCACACCGAACAAAGCAGGGAUUCUGCCAAUGCUGCCCCUUAG